AUGGCUCUGGCCUAUGAUGUGCAGUGUACCUUCACCACGGACACGGCGGUGAUUUUUGGUGGCGGCGGUGGCAGCAACAAUAUGCUGAAAAUCAGACUGUGCGCGCAGAGGCCCGUGGCCAGUAUUGAGGAUGCUACGUGCGACUUUGAGCUGGAUGCUUGUGGCUGGCAAGGCUGGCAGAGAGGCCAGGGUCAAGCGAGCAGUGGGGAGUGGUACAUGCAGAGCGAUGGUGACGGCAUUUUGCUCAGCCCGCUCUUCCCUGCGCAGUCCAAUUCCAAGCAGCUUCUGUUUUCUUAUCGUCCAGGCCACACUGGCAAGCUCCAGCUUCGGUUCCGGAGGGAUGCUUGCAGUUACAAUUGCUGGACGAAGUUGUGGGACGUGCAUGCUGGACAGGCUGGACAAGAGCAGGCUCUGUCAUGGCAUGAGGCCAAAGUCGUGAUUCCUGCCUCUGCCAUCGGCCUCCAGUUCAUGGCUGUGGGAUAUGCUGAUGAUUCCACCACCCAUGCAGCUGUGGACCACCUGGUAGUUGCAGAAGUUGUUGUCUCCAGGCCCUUCGCGGAGCUCUCGCUCGGCUGGCAACACUCGUGCAUUCUGCACAAGAGUUCUGGUGAGGCGCGCUGCUGGGGUCUAGGUGGGCCCCAGCUUGGGCAGGAAAGCGGGGAAGACAUCGGAGAUGAGCCCCACGAGAUGCGUGCUCUACCCGCCAUCGACCUUGGCAAGAAUCGCACAGCAGUCCAAAUAUCAGCGGGCUACGUGCACACAGCGGUAUUGCUUGAUGACGGGACUGUCAAGCUCGUCGGAUUGAACCUGCCUGCCGUUGACCUGGGCGGGCACACGGCGCUGCAGGUGGCGGCAGGUGAUGGCUGGAUUACAUGCGCCCUUUUGGACGACUACUCGAUUAAGUGUGGGACUUAUAACCUCAUCGACCGUCCCAUGGCGAUGGGGGCUGGUCGCACAGCCCGACAAAUAUCCUUCCGGCCCACAACAACCACAGCAACAAAAUUCUCCAGUAUGUGCGCGUUGUUAGAUGACAACACAAUCAAGUGCUGGCAAAUUUGCGAUGAGCAGCGAGCUGUCACAUGCUGGCAAGACAUGCCUGAGGGAGACGACCUGCCACCGGUGGAUCUGGGAGAGGGCCACGUCAAGGAAGUCCAUGGUGGUACACACUACUUAGAGUCAUGCGCCCUUAUGCAUGAUGGAUCGGCCGUCUGCUGGCCCCGAGCCAGUUCUGUAGGAAGCCAGGUUGACUUGGGAGGACGCAGAGUGCGGCAGUUCAGCUCCGGCUGCGUCCUCCUGGACGACUUCACUGUGAAGUGCUGGGGACCUGGGGAUGCUGCCCGGCUCGGGCAGGGAGACACAGCAAGCAUUGGUCUGCAACAACUCGCAGACCUUCCACCAAUUGAUCUGGGUCUAGGCCGCACUGCCCGUCACAUUGCCAGUAGCGACGAGCACGCCUGUGCCGUCCUGGAUGAUGAUUCGGUCAAGUGUUGGGGAAGGGGGCUCUCCGGCAGGCUGGGUAGGGGGGAUGUGGAGACCAUAGGCGAUGCCGCAAAUGAGAUGGGGGACGACUUGCUUCCUGUCGAGCUGUCUGUCCCAGAUACGAAGUCCUCAGUGCAUGUGCGUCUUCAUGGUGAUUCAGCAUGCGCAGAAUGCCCAGUAAUGCGUGGACAGGUGCAGAUCUUGUACCAAGGCACAUGGGGCGCAGUGUGCGAUGAUGCUUGGGACGAUGUGGAUUCUAGGGUGCUGUGCAGGCAAGUAGGGUUGGCAGGUGGCACCAGUAUCUCACGCUUCGGAAGUGUCGACGGAAACGCAAGCACGCUCAUUUGGAUGGACGACUUGGCCUGCAUCGGCAAUGAAACCAACCUGGGCCACUGCCCGUUCCGAGGCUGGGGCGUGCACGACUGCAACAACUUCGAAGUGGCUGGCGUAGCGUGCCAGGUGGACGCCUGGAGCGACUUCUCCACUUUCAGCAGCCCAGCCCAGCGCACCAGGCACUCGGCGGCGUGGCUCAGCAGCCGCAAAUCGAUGCUGGUUCAUGGUGGGGAGGCCAGUGCGCACUUCAACUUCUUUGCGGACACCUGGCUCUACAGCUUGGUGACGCAAUCCUGGGUGCAGCUGACGCCCACGUCCGGUCCCGCCCCUCGGGCAGGGCACUCCGCCGUGUGGGAUGACCUUCAGUAA